CAGCCUCUUCAACAGUGUACCCAUGACAUGCCACUCUUGUCAGUCGUUGAACGUUAUGCGCACCAAACGGUUCACGACCGGUACAUUAUAUUUGUCAUAACGAUUUAAUCACAUAAUCGCUGAAAAUUAUCUCCAAUUUUACCAAGUGAAAAUUUUUACGGCACGAACUACCGUGACACUGAAGACCAAAAUUUGUGAUAUUCAUUCUGAGCGUGUUAAGUUGUUAAUUAAAAACUCUUAAUGAACUACGAAGUGAUGGAUAAACUCUUGCAAUGACUCGGGAAUUAAGAUAAAUUAUUUAAGUAAUGGAAAGGACACUAGAGUGACGGAAAAAUUUCAAUUAAAAAAUCGAAUGUGUCGAGAUCGUUAUCAAUAUUGUUGUGUCCUUUAUCCACUCAGUUGUCGUUCCUCGUUAUGUUUAAUUAAAGUUUUGUGAAUAAAAUGGGGGAAUCAAUGUCAAUAUUUAUAAGCCACAGUGAGAGUCACAAAGUUGCCGCGAAAAGAGUGAAAUUUUUCGCGAGUUCGUGGUUGUUUGACUGUUUGAAGUGUUGAGUCUAAAUCGCAAGUCAAAGAGGGAACUGAAGGAGCCGAUUAUCCCUCCCCAGCCACCUGUACCGCAUUCGCUGACGGACGAGGGUGAACCUCACCCACAGGGAAAACCUGUCCAGGUGCAGUCCUCUCUUUGACAAGACUACCACUCGAUAGCGAAGCUGUGAGCGCAAGAAAUUUGACCCGUCAUCGCCGGGAAUCGAAUCCCAAUCAAUGGCAGAGUAGUCCAGUGCUCUGACCACACGGCCACUACCCGAAAAAUUGUGACAAAUCAUCACCAUCGGGGCUUCAUCGAAAUAAUCAUCACAUGUUGACGACGUCCAAGGUCCCAAUUAUGGAGAUAUCCGCGAUUUCUGAGACACUGGGUGUGAGAGAAAAAUCCGUCAAACAUCGACUGUCCUAGGAGUGAGUGAAACUAGCCAAUCGGGGGUUGAAGUGCACCGGAUUUUGUCAGGGAGCCUAAAUCAUGACCAACGAUACGAAUGAGACUGAUCCCUGGGCUGAUUACGAUAUCAAUGACUCGUUCAGUCAGUAUUAUUGGGAGGAAUUGGGACCGAUCGUCGUGAUCUAUUCCAUCACCUUCAUUCUGGGUUUGAUUGGAAAUCUCGUGAUAAUCACGUCCACCCUCUGCCCAAAGCUACGUCUCCUGCCACUAACGCCCACCAACGUAUUCCUGGGAGGUCUAGCCAGUGCUGAUCUCAUAUUGAUCAUCUUCUGCAUUCCCGUCAAGGUCGCCAAAUUAUUCUCAUACACCUGGCAGAUGGGUUGGUUCCUGUGCAAGUCUGUUCACUACAUGCAGAGUGUAUCAGCCAUUUGUUCAGUCGUUACCCUGACGACGAUGUCCGGUGAAAGGUACUACGCCAUUGUACACCCAAUGAAGGCACAGUACACCUGUACCAUAAGUCAGGCCCGACGGAUCGUAGUCAUAACCUGGUUCGCCUCAUUCCUCCUCGCUAUUCCCAUUUGGUUUGCACAGACGCACAAAGUCGUCGGGGAGCGGUACAAAUCGUACUGGUGCGUCCGGGACUCAAGUCAAGAAAUACUCUGGCGCCUCCACGAGGUUUAUAUGCUCGUCAUCGUGCUCGCUGUGCCACUGGUGGUCAUGGCAUUCUGCUACACAGCCAUAUCCUGGGAGAUAAGGCGUGUCAUGAAGCGACGGUAUCACAUGACAUCGAGACACGCAUUGAAUCCCUCAACAACCAGCAAUAGUACCACAAAUGGGGAGUGCAUACCAAUGACGGACAAGUGUCGUAGUGCAGAGGGUUCCCGACGUCUCCAAGGGCAUCAGGAGGACUCGAGAACCGACAUGGAGUCACGUACUAUGAAGCAGGUCAUUAAGAUGCUAGUCGCAGUGGUCGUGGUAUUCGCCAUAUGCUGGAGUCCCAUGUUAAUAGAUAAUGUGUUAACGGCAUAUGGAGUCCUGCCACGGCUGAAGUAUGGCGUCACAAAGCACAUGAACACAACAUUUCAAUUGAUGGCGUAUUUUAACAGUUGCAUUAAUCCAAUAAUUUAUGGAUUCAUGUCGAAGAACUUCAGGGAGAACUUUUUGGCUGCUGCCUGUGGUGGCUGGUGCUGCUGCUUCCGUCAGAGCAUUUACUCGCCCCAAGUGAAACGACAUACCACCCUCAGCCAACCAAGAACGACGAGUGCCAGGAAAAAUAAUUUCCCCUAAUGCUUCAGCCGAAUUAAAAACUUCUGGGGACAAAAAACCGUCUAGAUCUCGAGGAGGAGGAAGGAUUAUAAAAUUUUGCUGUUAAGUGGUCCCGGAAAGACACCGAGAGUGAAGAAUCGAGAUGAAAGUGAGCCGACCGCAGGAAAAUCACAGACAUUAUUUUCCCUAGGGUAAAUUGCCCUUUAUUUCAAAUCCAAGGUGCUCUCUCAUUUCAAUUUCUGUCACAUGUCCACCUCUCAAAUUAAGUGAGAUACCCCUGAGGGUAGAAAGGAGAGAUUUAUGUGAUAUAAGAUAAUUUUCAAGGGAAGUUAAGUGCGUGGUUAGUGGUCUCUCAUUGGGAUGGAGGAACGAAAGGAUUUUCAACCCUCUUGCAGUAUCAAAAAUGGAUAUUAUGAAGACAAGGAAGGGUGUAUUUUUAGUGUUAAUCACAGAACUUGAUGUUAUACAGAAUAAAAAAAUAUUGUCUGCAUUUUUA